GGUGGGGCCUGAUAUACCUAAACAGAUGGGAUCCGAGCUUUGUCUCCAGGCUGUCAGUGUUAUACUCGACAGGAGCUGUGAGUGUUUCUCAUCGCGUGCAUCAUCUCGGUUCAUCAAAGAGCUCGAGCGCUGCAUUGACAGCCUCGUCAUACAGACAGAUCGUCGGGUUUAAGCUGUCAUCCUGAUGGUGGAUCGAGCCGCAGUGUUGUUGCUCGAAAGAGGAAGCUGAGAAGGAACAAUACCGACGGUUUGGGAGCGCAAGCCUGUGUGUCGUUGGCAAGUGAAUAUCAGUUUUCAUACGCGCUCUGUCAGCGCCUUGUUGCAGAGGACAACAAACGACAGUCUCUAUAGACGCUCAGUGUAAAAACCAGCAAUGCCGGGGUUCGACUACAAGUUCCUGGAGAAGCCCAAGAGACGCUUUCAGUGUCCUCUGUGUAGCAAAGCAAUGAGGGAACCCGUCCAAGUUUCCACAUGUGGACACAGAUUCUGCGAUACCUGUCUGCAGGAAUUUCUCAGUGAGGGGGUCUUCAAGUGCCCGGAGGACCAGCUCCCACUGGAUUACGCCAAGAUCUAUCCUGACCCUGAGCUGGAGCAGCAGAUACUGGCACUGGCCAUCCGCUGCAUUCACAGUGAAGAGGGCUGCCGUUGGACCGGUCAGAUGAAACAGCUACAGAGCCACUUCUCGACCUGCGCCUUCAACGUGAUCCCCUGCCCCAACCGCUGCUCCGUCAAGCUGACGCGCAGAGACCUGCCCGAACACCUGCAGCACGACUGCCCCAAACGCAAGGUCAAGUGCGAGUUCUGCGGGAGCGAGUUCACAGGAGAGGCCUAUGAGAACCACCAGGGCAUCUGUCCACAGGAGAGCGUGUACUGCGAGAACAAGUGUGGCGCAAGAAUGAUGAGGAGACUAUUAUCCCAGCACACCAUGACAGAAUGCCCCAAACGCACACAGCCCUGCAAGUACUGUGGAAAAGAGUUUGUCUACGACACCAUCCAGAACCACCAGUACCACUGCCCUCGCUUUCCUGUGCAGUGUCCCAAUCAAUGCGGCACCCCGAACAUUGCACGCGAGGAUCUGGCGAAUCACGUGAAGGAGAGCUGUGGCAGCGCGCUGAUCCUUUGCCCCUUCAAGGAGGCCGGCUGCAAACAUAGAUGCCCAAAGAUGGCAAUCGGACGACACCUGGAGGAGAGCACGAAAUCCCACCUCACCAUGAUGUGUAAUCUGGUGGGGCGGCAGCGGCAGGAAAUCAUGGAGCUGAGACGUGAGAUGGAGGAGCUGUCGGUGAGUCACGACGGCGUCCUCAUCUGGAAACUGACCGACUACUCGCGCAAACUGCAGGAGGCCAAACUCCGCAACAACCACGAGUUCUUCAGUCCGCCCUUCUACACGCACCGCUACGGCUACAAGCUGCAGGUGUCCGCGUUCCUCAACGGCAACGGCAGCGGAGAGGGCUCGCAUCUGUCCAUCUACAUCCGCGUGCUUCCCGGCGAGUACGACAACCUGCUGGAAUGGCCCUUCUCCUACAAGGUGACCUUCUCCAUUUUGGACCAGAGCGACCCGUCGCUGUCCAAACCUCAGCAUAUCACGGAGACCUUCAACCCUGAUCCCAACUGGAAGAACUUCCAGAAGCCGUGCAGCAGCCGGAACUCGCUGGACGAGAGCACGCUGGGUUUCGGCUACCCCAAGUUCAUCUCGCACGAGGAGAUCAAGAAGAGGAACUACAUCCGUGACAACUCCAUCUUCCUCAAAGCUUCCAUAGAGAUCCCACAAAAAAUCAUGGCCUGAGGACGUUUUGUCUUGACGUACAUCUUUAUGGACCCUUCUUCCUCGCAGAAACUCUACCGAAAGACUCGGAGCUCGUCUAUCUGGUUAUUUGGGCUGGUUAUGAGGUAUCUACGUGUGGAAGUGUUUCGCAAAAUCAUCACUUUAAAACGUUUUGGAUUUGCUUUCUAACACUCUCUUCCUCAAUUUACAGCAACGCCUUUGGACAUUCAGUAGUGCCUAGAACAUUUAUUUUAAUUUAAAUGUUAUUGUUAUGUCAUUUCUCUCGCAAAUGUCAAGUGAACGAUUGAAGCGGACUGUGAAAGGCUAUUCGUAACCUUUGCACUUUGAGAAUGUUCUUCGGAGGAGGCAAGGCGACCGAGCUCUGCGACAAGGUGGCAGGCAUUCGGCGUACACACACACACACACUAACCCUCGUUUUACCCUUUUGUGUACACACUUUUGCCCAGCACCGGUCCUCGACGAGAAACUCAAAAAAAGCGUUGAUUUCCUAUUUAACUCGUUUUAAGUAAACUAACAACAGCUGUGAACUAAAUGUAGCUUAACUCGCUCUAGCGGUUCGAGACUUCUUCGACACAACGGUGCAUAGUAGUAUUUGAUGAUACGUUAUGUUUUUUCAAUGCUAUAUAACAUUUGGGACAAAUACAGAGGUGCUAAAGCAUGGUGGCAAGCUUUUUCGUUAUUGUACAGUGGAAAAACGACACAUUUUUUCAAGCUCGUGCACUCCGGUUCGGAUCGAAAGCCAUGCGAGGGAUUGUUUACAUUCAGUUUGUGAGGGUUGCAUUCACAGGUCACAUGAUCUAUGACGUGGACCAGUUUUUUGUACUGUAUACCUGUAUUCUUAAUCAGCGUGUGAUGAGGGCUUGACAGAUGAGCAAAAGGAACCAAAUUUUUUUUAAUAUGUGAAAAAAAUAAAUGUGAGCAACCUGUUGCGUUUGUGUCAUAAACAAAGGGGGAUUUCGAAUGUGAACUCUGGACUCACAUACUCGGUUGACCCGUCUUACUCUGUCGGACGCUGGCAGAUGAUGAAUAGAAAGGUCCGGGCACUUGCAACGGCCGCCCAAAAGCGCGUCGAGUGCGAGGGCGUCAUAUUCGAGUGGCGCUGGUAGCCAUGGUUACCCGUGCCUGUUAAAGCAGCAUGUGAACGAGAGGAGAGUUCUUCCAUGUGCCUGAGGAAGAUGAGCCUUGUGCAAUAUGGCUGCCAUUGCUCCAUACAGACCAGUGGAGGACUUUGUCGAUACUUAUUAUAUAUUAUAUGUGAAUACUAAUUAAAAAAAGCACAUUCUUCUUCACAUUUAAUCUCGCUACGAUACCAGCUAAUAUUUUGCAACGAUUUUGAGAAAACCUGGGAGAAAAAAAAAAAAAACGAAAAUGAAAGACAUUUUUUGCUAAGAUUCCGUAUUUUACAAAGUACUUCAGAUGUUUUCUACAACUCUUUUUGACGAUGAGUUUCGGGGGCUGUACGUUGACGUUUUAUGGACCCUUUUUAUGUUUCACCUUUGUGGCAUUUUUCUCAGUCAUUUUGUUUUGUCUGGUUUGGAUUUUGCAUACUAUGUCUGUAUUAUUUCCUCUUGAAGAAGUAUUUAUUUUAAAGCGCCAUGACAUAAGCUUGACAAGAAAUGGUGCAGAUGUUUUUAUAUGUUGAUUUGAUGAUUGCUUGUCAAAUAUCACUUGAAAUAAAACAAUGUCUACAAGGUC